CAUCCCCAUUCCCCACCCACAUUUCCAUCUCUUCUUCCUCUCUCACUAAUAGAGAGACCUCUUUUUCUUCAACCUUCAAUCCAAGUAGCGAAACCAGCGAUUGAGAAGCAAGAGUGGGCCUAAGGAGAUGGGGACCUUGGGUAAGGCAAUCUACACAGUCGGAUUCUGGAUCCGCGAAACCGGCCAAGCCAUGGAUCGCCUUGGCUCUCGUCUUCAAGGAAACUACUACUUCCAAGAACAGCUGUCGAGGCAUCGGACGCUCAUGAAUGUGUUUGAUAAAGCUCCUGUGGUCGAUAAGGAGGCUUUUGUUGCACCCAGUGCCUCUGUAAUCGGCGAUGUUCAGGUGGGAUGUGGCUCCUCCAUUUGGUAUGGUUGCGUUUUGAGAGGUGAUGUUAACAGCAUCAGUAUUGGGUCUGGGACCAAUAUACAAGACAAUUCCCUUGUUCAUGUAGCAAAAUCUAACUUGAGUGGAAAGGUGUUACCAACUAUCAUCGGGGAUAACGUUACAGUAGGUCACAGCGCUGUUCUACAUGGAUGUACCGUGGAGGAUGAGGCCUUUGUUGGUAUGGGUGCAACCUUACUUGAUGGAACUAUAGUUGAGAAACAUGCCAUGGUUGCUGCUGGAGCCCUCGUAAGGCAGAAUACAAGAAUUCCUUACGGAGAGGUAUGGGGAGGUAACCCAGCAAAGUUUCUGAGGAAGCUCACUGAAGAAGAGAUAGCCUUCAUCUCCCAGUCAGCUGUAAACUAUACCAACUUGGCACAGGUUCAUGCAGCUGAAAAUGCAAAGGGCUUUGAUGAGAUAGAGUUCGAGAAGGUGCUCCGCAAGAAGUUUGCACGCCGCGAUGAAGACUAUGAUUCAAUGCUUGGUGUUGUUCGUGAAACCCCUCCCGAGCUUAUCCUUCCUGAUAAUGUUCUUCCAGAUAAAGUAGCCAAGGCUCCUUAAAUGCAUUUUCGUAUGCCCUAUUUGAUACCUCUUUUCAGUUGGUAUCCAUGGGUGUUUAGUUAUGCUCGGAUGUAUGGAGAACACCCACCUUUUUCUCGUUUCCAAUAAUUUUCGGGGCGAAUGUAGUGUCAAGGUCAAUCGUGGUGUGCAUUUCUGGCUUAAGGCUCCAAUUGCCCUGUCUGAUUGAACGGAAACUUCUUUUUUGUUUGUUUGUUGAGAAGAAAAAAAAUUCAAAAACUGCAGUAGUGGAAAGCAUAUAUUCAGAUGAUUGAAGUCAUCUUGGACUGUCUGAUUGAUUCUUAGACUAGAUAACAGUUGCUUUGCAUCUAAUAAAAGUUAUCAAAUCAGGUAACUGGACCA